AUGGGAUCAUUAACACUUCGCUUCAGUUUCACUGGUUUUCUCUUUCUGACCUUAUUAUGUUUCUCUUUCUCGCAGCCAGUUUGCCACGAUGAUGAAAGGUCUUCGUUGUUGCAGUUCAAGGAGAGUUUUAUUAUCAACAUGUCUGCUUCUUAUUUUUCUUCUCUUUCUUAUUCGAAGGUUGCCUUCUGGACAAACAAAGAAGACACAAGAAAUUGUUGCAUGUGGCAUGGGGUUGAGUGUGAUGAGAUCACAGGCCAUGUCAUCGGCCUUGAUCUCAGCAGCAGCUACCUCUACGGCUCUAUUGACUCAACUAGUAGCCUCUUCAAUCUGACUCAUCUUCAGAGACUUGAUCUUGCAGACAACGAUUUCAAGUAUUCUCAAAUACCCAGUGCUAUCAAGCGACUUUCUAUGCUCACUAAUCUCAACCUAUCAUUCUCUGCCUUCUCCGGUCAAAUUCCAUCAGAAGUUUCAGAACUAUCCAAAUUAUCCAAUCUUGAUUUGUCGUAUAACAGUGGUCAAGUUUCUGGAGAAAAUCUAUUGGAGACCCUUGUUUCAAACUUGACAAGCCUUGAGAAACUUCAUCUCAGUGGUGUUGACAUAUCAUCGGCAGUGCCUAAAUCAUUGGAAAAUUCGUCUUCCUUGAUAUCACUGCUCCUGGAGGAUUGCAAAUUGACGGGUGAAUUCCCAAUCAAUAUUUUUCAACUUCCAAAUUUACAAAGUCUAAAUGUGAAGUUCAACAAAAAUCUCACUGGAAGAUUUCCUGUGGUGCUUGACCAAAAGAGUUCUCUCAAGUCAUUUCUAUUUGGAGUCACUGGCUUCUCUGGGGAUCUACCGUCAUCGAUUGAAAAACUUGCUUCUUUGACUGAGUUGGAUGGUACAAGUUGCAACUUUUCAGGAGUGAUUCCAGCCUCCAUAGGUAAGCUGAAACAACUCACUUCUCUCGACCUUUCUAAUAAUUACUUUGUGGGACAAAUCCCUCCUUCCAUUGGAAACCUAACUCAGUUCACUUCUCUCGACCUGUCCUACAAUCAAUUUAGUGGUCCAAUUCCUUUGUCAUUCUCAAAACUCAUAAAUUUAGAAACCCUUACGUUGGAUGAUAAUAAUUUAAGCGUGACAAGAAUCAUGAGACUCCAUCUAAAAACCAAUUGGUGA